GGUUGUGUUGAGACAUGAGUGACAUGACAUCGAGUAGACGUUAGAUUUCUAAUCUAGUAAACAGAAGGUGUCAGAAGUAAAAAUGUUAGGAGGAAGAUUGCACUCAGUUAUGAAAUAUUCCCUAGCUGCUGGUUUGAUUGGAGGAACUGCAUUAAGUCUAAGAGGUAAUCAGUACCAACUUGAUUCCAUAGGAAUAGUUCGCCUUAGUAGAGCUGCCUCAACAGUAUUUCAAAUUGGUAUAAUCUACAAAAUAGAUUUGUAUGGUCAACAUUUGGAUAAAAAAUCCAUUGAAUAUACAGAACUGAAGUCAGUGUGCCACAAAAGAGCUGCUGAGAAACUGUUGAAGUUAUGCUGUACCAAUAAGGGAGUGUAUAUCAAAGUUGGCCAACAUAUAGCAGCUCUAGAGUACUUGUUACCAUCAGAAUAUGUAGAAACUAUGAAAGUUUUGCACUGUCAUGCUCCUACUAAUGAAAUAGAAGAAGUCUACAAAGUUAUCAAGGAAGAUUUGAAGAAAGAUCCUUUUGAAAUAUUUGAGAGUAUCGAAACUGAGCCUUUGGGAACUGCUUCACUAGCCCAAGUUCAUAAAGCAAAACUAAAAGACGGUUCCACAGUAGCUAUAAAAGUGCAGCAUCCCUAUGUACAGGGUAAUUCAAGAGUUGACAUGAAGACUAUGGAAUACUUGGUGAAAAUGAUGAGUUGGGUGUUUCCUGAAUUCAAAUUCCAAUGGUUGGUAGACGAAUCCAAGAAAAAUAUUCCCAGAGAAUUGGACUUUGCUCAAGAAGGGCAUAAUGCUGAGAAAAUAGCUUCACUCUUUGGGGACGUGGAGUGGUUAAAGGUUCCCAAAGUCAGGUGGGAUCUAACAACUCCAAGAGUUCUUACCAUGGAUUUUGUUGAAGGGGGACAAGUUAAUGAUUUAGAUUACAUUCGGGAACACAACAUCAAUCCUAAAGAAGUUUCUGAUAAGUUGGGAAAAUUAUACUCUAGGAUGAUUUUCAUACAUGGUUUUGUACACAGUGACCCUCAUCCUGGAAAUAUCCUUGUGAAUAAAUCCGAUAAUGGAUACUGUAAUAUUGUACUUCUUGAUCACGGAUUGUAUGCAGAUUUAAAAGACGAAUUCAGAGUAGAGUAUGCUAAUUUAUGGUUGAGUAUUUUGAAUAGAGAUCGCAGGGCUAUGAGGCAACACAGUAAAAAUUUGGGUAUAGAUGGUGAUGCAUACGGAUUAUUUGCGUGUAUGGUGACAGGAAGAACAUGGGAUAGCAUCACAAGAGGAAUUGAUAAGGAGCAGAUGUCAAAGAGUGAGGUCAAAUUUAUGAAACAGACCUUCACAGGCAUUCUUCCACAGAUUUCCGAAGUGUUACAAAACGUCAACCCACAAAUGCUUCUUAUUCUAAAAACUAAUGAUUUGAUGCGAGGUAUCGAACAUACAUUGAAAAUGAGCACUAGAAUGGGUGCCUUCAGAGUAAUGUCAGAAUGCUGUGUCAAGUCAGUGUACAAUCAACGUUACAGAAAAUCGGAGACUAAACUGGAGAGCAUUGAGAUUUAUUUCUCGGAGUUUUGGGCAUUAUUGAAAAUAAGUGUGUACUAUACUUACUUGAAUUUUAAACAAUUUUCUAUAAACAUAUUUAGUUGAUGAAUUAGUUAUAUUUCGAAUCAUGUAUACUUAGGUAACUUUGAACUCAAUCUUUACUGAUAAAACGAGUUCGGUCGUAGUAAAUGCAUCUGAAUUAUUGACAAUUAUGCAUUGAGGUAUGUACCAAUUUUAACUGCAAACGUUAUUUUUUCCAUAUCGAAAUAUACCAAAAUAUUUCAUUUUAUGGCACACAUUUUUUAACCAUUUGAUAUUUACAUUUUCAUUAGUCGUUAGAUAUCUUCCAUUAAUUUUUCACCAAAACUUCAAAUCAUUUACCCCCAGAAAAAUGAAAAUGGAAAUAACUAGUGGAAAAAAUAUCUCAAAUCAAAUUAUUUUAUUUUCUAUGAGUAUUUAUUCUGUAUCAGACGUUAUUGAAGAGAAAUAUUUUUGAUAUACAUAUAUAUUUUUAUUUGUAGAUGUUUUGUUGAAUAAUUCUAAGACUACAAGUUCAUUAACAAAUGUGUUGUUCUGUUUUUGUUGACUGGUAUUUAUGAAUGAAGGAAAAAAUAUAUACAGAAGGCAG